AUGUUUCACUCCCUGUGUCGUGUUGUAGCAUUUUCCAAACGUUACAUAUUCCGACCACCUCAGCGCCCCUAUACUAGUUUAACGCAAGAACAAGGCCGCUUGUCUAAAAUUAUGGAAGAUUUACAUAGCGACUACGUCCCGCUUAUAGCCAGUGUCGACGUCGGCACCACCUCAUCCCGAUGCAUUCUUUUCAACAGGUGGGGUCAGGACGUUUCAAAACAUCAAAUCGAAUACUCAACUUCUGCCUCGAAGGGCAAAAUUGGGGUUUCCGGGCUAAGAAGACCCUCCACCGCCCCAGCUCGCGAAACGCCAAGGACCAGCGACGUUCAGGUCAACGGCCAGCCCAUAUUUUCAGCAGAAGGCUACGCCAUCCAAGAAACCAAGUUCGUAAAGAUUGAAGAACUGGACCUGGACUUCCACAAUGAGCCCACAUUGAAGUUCCCGAAACCGGGUUGGGUUGAGUGCCAUCCGCAGAAAAUCCUGAUGAAUGUUGUCCAGUGUCUUGCCUCGAGUUUGAUCUCAUUGCAAACCAUCAACGCCGAGCGUGUUGCGAAUGGCCUGCCCCCCUACAAGGUGACCUGCAUGGGCGUGGCAAACAUGAGAGAGACCACGAUCCUGUGGUCCCGCCGGACCGGCAAACCGAUUGUUAACUACGGUAUUGUCUGGAACGACACCAGGACGAUCAAGAUUGUCAGAGAAAGAUGGCAGAACACGAGCGUCGAGAGACAACUACAACUGAGACAAAAGACUGGGUUGCCGCUGCUAUCCACGUAUUUUUCGUGCUCCAAACUUCGCUGGCUCCUGGACAACGAACCUCUGUGUGCCAACGCAUACGAGGAGAAUGACUUGAUGUUUGGUACGGUGGACACAUGGCUGCUUUACCAACUGACCAAGCAAAAGGCGUUUGUAUCCGACGUGACCAACGCCUCCAGGACAGGAUUCAUGAAUUUGUCCACUCUGCAAUACGACGAGGAGCUGUUAAGGUUCUGGGAUAUCGACAGCAACUUGAUUCACCUGCCUGAAAUUGUGCCCUCGUCCCAAUACUACGGAGACUUUGGUAUCCCCGAUUGGAUAAUGGAAAAACUGCACGAUUUACCUAAGGCGGUGCUGCAAGAUCUGGUUGAGAGCAACCUUCCCAUUCAGGGUUGCUUGGGCGACCAGAGCGCCUCAAUGGUGGGCCAGCUCGCCUAUAAGCCCGGCGCUGCAAAGUGCACCUAUGGUACGGGUUGCUUUCUACUGUACAACACGGGGACCAAGAAACUGAUAUCUCAACAUGGCGCAUUGACGACUCUAGCGUUUUGGUUCCCAAACUUACAAGAGCACGAUGGCAAAAAACCCGAACUGAGCGAGCCUCAUUUUGCCCUGGAAGGCUCCGUCGCUGUGGCUGGUGCCGUGGUCCAAUGGCUGCGUGAUAACUUACGACUAAUCAAUAAAUCAGAAGACGUUGGCCCCAUAGCAUCUACAGUGCCUGAUUCCGGCGGUGUAGUUUUUGUUCCUGCAUUUAGCGGCCUAUUCGCUCCAUACUGGGAUCCCGAUGCAAGAGCCACUAUCAUGGGAAUGUCCCAGUUCACGACUGCUUCCCACAUCGCCAGGGCCGCCGUAGAAGGUGUCUGCUUCCAGGCCAGGGCCAUCUUGAAGGCGAUGAGUUCAGACGCAUUUGGUGAAGGUUCCAAAGAUAGAGACUUUUUAGAAGAGAUAUCCGAUGUCACGUAUGAAAAAUCGCCAUUAUCUGUUCUGGCAGUGGACGGUGGAAUGUCAAGAUCCAAUGAGGUCAUGCAAAUCCAGGCGGACAUCUUGGGACCGUGUGUCAAAGUUAGAAGGUCCCCAACAGCAGAAUGCACCGCUUUGGGGGCCGCCAUCGCGGCCAACAUGGCAUUCAAAGACCCGAAGUCACGCCCACUAUGGAAAGACCUGCACGAUGUGAAAAAAUGGGUUUUCUACAACGGGAUAGAGAAAAAUGAACAAAUAUCACCCGAAGUUCAUCCAAGCUUGAGGAUAUUCAGAAGCCAAUCCGAUGAUGCGGAAAGAAGAAAGCACUGGAAAUAUUGGGAGGUUGCCGUUGAAAGAUCUAAAGGCUGGCUGAAGGACAUAGAAGGCGAACACGACCAUGUCAUAGAAAACAUUCAACGGUAA